CGUACAAAUAUAAAAGAAUUCAAAUUGAAUUUUAAAAACACAAACUAUUAAAUAAUUGCAAAUGAUACAAAAUAAGGUAGUAACUUUUUUUUGUCUACCCUCAUAUUUUUAUGAGCACACUUUUUUUACUUUAAUGAGAUAUACUGAUCUGUGACACACAUUUCCACACCUCAAUUGCUACAGGUAGUCGUUUACUUUAAAAAAAUGUCUAGCCGUGAUCAAGAGGAACAGCGGAAUAGAAUAAUAAGAAGCAUGUUCGUGAAUCUACAACCUCCAAAUUCUCCACAACGAGAAACUUCUGAAGAAGUAUCCCUUCCAGAACUUACCAUUGAAUAUGUUCGGUUGAGGAAUGAUGACGAUGAAUUGACAGAUCCUGAAAGACUAGAAAACCAUAUCAAGGCACUCAGAGCGGAAAGUGAGGCGAAAAAAAAGCAAAGGCGUGUAGAUGACGACAUAUCUACUGACGAAUUGGAAGAAAAUGAUGAUUCCACCUACAACUUAGAUAAUAAUCGUUCCCCUGAAGAGGUCCGACGUAGGACGACUUCAUGGGAGUACAGUCCCAUAUUACAAAGAUUUUCGGACUCUCCUCGCCAUCCUGCCUUACUUAGAAAGUCACCAUCGAUACAUGAAUCAGUGACUGAUUCAAGUCAGUCUGAUUCAACGCCAGAGCACCAAACAAACCUGACGAUCGCGUCACGUAAAAGGAAGAAUUCAUCAACUACGCCCGAACGCCCUUCAACUUCCCGACCAUCAAGGCAGAAAAAGGUAUCCAGGCGUCCAAGUGCAAAGUUCAGGCGUACUGUCAAUACCAGAACGAUUGGUACACAGACGGUGGAUUAUUGGUUGAAUAUGUUAAUGGACGAUUAUUGUGAGUACGACAUUAUUCCACGGCAACAGGCUCAAUGAUUAUUGUAUCUAUGUUAAAUCUCUACGUCUGUUUUUACGAGAUAAGAAGUAGAUCAGUUGAAAAGUUUGGUGUGUGUGUAACUUAAUACAAUAUUAAAAUUUGUAUUUUUGGUUUUCCUGUUUCAAAUACGUAGCCUUGAUCAAUUUGAUUGUUUAAUAAUUUACUGUUUCUAUUAAGUAUGUUUCUUUAAACAUUUGAUCUUUCGUAUUCUCCGUGCUAGCAGAAUAGAAAGCGAGAUCCACGAAUUGUCAGUGGGCAAAUGCUCUGUUUUUUAUACUAAAUGUUAAUGGAAUUACACAACAUUCUUCACACAUCUUG